CGAUCACAUCACUAUUGGGACGCCAUUUUCGCUUGUAUGAAGUGUUGUUGCUCGACGGUGUCCUUUGUAAUUUCUGGUAAAAACAAAUUCAAAUAAAGUUUUAUAAUUAAAAUCACGUAGUUAUCUGAAACUUGAUAAAUCUAGCUUUGUGGAAAGCUAACUUUAAAAAAAGUGUCUAAUACACUCGCGGUGAUAUCGUCUGCGCGGGAAAUGUUGCUACGUUUCUUUUAAUCCUAUCCAAAUGCUAGUAGAAAAACAUUUAAUAUAUUUGUGUUUUUAAUAGGUUAUUUUAAAAAAUGAUUUCAUUUAAAGGACGAGAAAGUAAAAGAGGACGUAUUUACAAAAUGUCCAGAAAUUUGGAACGUUUAUAUAAAGAAGGAAAAUGUCGAGAAUGUAAAGUUCUUGUGACUCGAAUGGACUUUGCUAAAAUUCUCGGUAAAUUUACAAAAGUGAAAAUCCAAUAUGAAAGUACAUCACCCAAGCCGAAAAAAAACGUUUCAUCCUUUUCGGCAAAUGAAAAUUCUAUGUCAAAGUGCAGUGAGAAUGGAAUUACCCCAAAGAAUACCUACAAAAAGCAGCCCCCAAAGGUCUUGCGGACUCCAAAAAAUUCUAAGGUAAAUGAUAUUUACGUUGAUCCAGAUUCAGUAAUUUUAGAAUGUGAUGAAUCUAAGAAGGCACAUCCCCCAAGUAACAUACUUAGGGAAAAUAAUGGAUUGACAAAACAUCAGUUAGUUAGUGAUAAGGGCUACACAAAUGUUAAAAAAGUGAGUUCAGGCUUAAAACAAUAUAGUGUUAUAUUUACUUCACCAACAAUAAACAACAACAACAAUAACAAUGAAUUGAAAAACAGAAUAUCUUUAUCUGAUUUAUUACCUAAUCUAAAUAAAAGUAUAUUGCCAUCAGAGGAUUGGCACAUAGAUUAUUUUCCUAAAAAUGAAGAACCCAAAGAUGAUAAAGUGUAUGAUCGCAUAGCGGCAGAAUUAGAAGACUUAAUGUAUAAUGAAAAACCAAUGGAAAAGAUAAAAUCAGAAGCGCCUGAAGUCAAGGUUGAAGAAUUUCCUUCAAUAAUGGAUAUUCUAAAUGAUAAUGUUACAGAGAAAAAUCAAGAAACUGUUCAAAAGGGAACCGAACCUAGUUCUGAACCUUUAAAAGAUCACUUACAAUCAAAUGACGUGGAAUCAAUGCUGUUAGGAAAAUCAAAUAUUGAAAAUAAAGCCUCAGAACCAAUGGCAAUGGAUGUUGACAGCUCCGAUGUAAAUAAACUAAUAGAAGAUAUGGAUCAAUUAAACAAUAUCACUGGCAGUAGUAAGGAUAAAGAUGAUGGCUUGGAGAAAUUUGUUGAAAAACCAUUUAUUGAAGUAUCUGAUACAUUGAUAAAUCCGAACAGUCCAUCAAUACUUGAUGAGGCAUUAAAAAAAGGUAUUGAAGAACAUUUACCAUGUGAUAGUCAAGGAACAGAUGAUACUUCUGAAGUUAGUAAUCUAGUGGAGAGUGAAUCUAAGGAAAACAAUAAAAUUGUUCCUUCUAAUGAUUUAAAAUUAACUCCAACUGACAUGAACAUACAAGUAAAAGUAAUUGAUACAAAAACCAAUGAACAAAAUGUCGCCAUUUCAAUUCCUAAUAUUGCAAAUGUAACACAUGUUGUAUUUAAAAAAAUGUUAGACAAUGAAUGUUUAAAGUUGGUGACAUGUCCGAAAAAUUUGAAAUAUAACAUUGAAUUAGAGGGUAAACCUGUUGAAUUUAUUGGAGCACCUAAAUAUAUCUCCAGUUUAGAAGACUUACAAAUGUUACUACAAAUUGUGAAUGAGAGUGAACUAGGAAGAUUGUAUGUCUUUCACUGAAUAAUUUAACAAAUCAAAUGCUAGGGACAUUGACCAUAUUUAUGUGCAUUAAUAAUAGGGUAUUGUAACAUUUUGUUUAAAUGUUGAAUUAAUUGAUGGUGAAAAGUCUAAGAUUUAAUGUAUAAAUAAAUUAAGAGAACAUUGCUUUGCAAUACAACUGGUUAUUCAAUUUUGAAUAAAAAUAUAUUGUACAAUAUUUCUAUAAUAUAUAUUAUAUAGAUUAUUACUAAAAAAUCUGUUUCUAGAUCCUCAUGACCACCUUUACUUCAAGAUAAAAAAGACAGGUAAUAGGUAACUAAGAUUUUCCAACAUGUUGAAUUAUUGCUUUUAACAUAAUUUCUAUUUUUUGCAUAGCCUUUCAAAGUUAAGAAAAGUAAUAGCACAGAAAAUCGAAAUAAACAAUGUAAGUUCUAAUUGUAAUGAUGUAGGACUGAUAUGUUUUCACUUAAAAUACAAAUGUUAAAAUUUUUAAAGAUAAAUCUGAAUGGAUUGUCAAGACUAUGUUAAAAGUAAAAAAUAAUUUGAGGUAAGUAACAAAACAUUAGUGAAUCAUAUUUCUAAACGAAAGCUGACUUGCAUUUUAACUAUCCUUCUUUUGUUUAUCCAUCUAUGAUUUAAAAAAAAAUUAAAAACAAAGUAAAUCUUUUUUUUUAACUUUAUCAUGCAUUUGGAAUUGUAAAUUAGUUUUGAUUUUUGUAUAGAAAAUCUUGCUAUUCAUCUAUUUUAGUCUUCAUUUUAUUACAGAUGACACAUCUAUGAUAUAUUAAAAUUAAGAAACACUGCAUUACUUGACAAUUUUAAAAAUUAUGUGUUACUCUUACGACCUGAAACAAUCGAUAUUACCUUAGUAUUCAACAAAUAGGAUCAGAAAGUAAUUUUUCUUAAUUAAUCUUUUUUUGACCGACUUCCCAAAAGAAGGAGGUACUCAAUUCGUCUGUAUGUUUUUUUUUUGUAAUGGCAACAAUGUUCGAGUACAGACAAUUUCUUAAUCAUCAAUGACAAGGUUUGUGGGUAGAUGUGAAAAUUAUAUCG